GUGCUCCUAGACCAUUUGGACAAUCGGCUGAGAAAUAUUCCUAUGAAAAAGGUACAGCAUUUCACAACGCGGAAAACCAAGGGAUCGAAUUCAAAGCAUUAACGCAGGAAAAGCCACAAAAAUUACCAUGGAAAAUAAUGGAAAAAGCAAGACUCUUUAUUUGCGGAGUUCUUAACGCAGGAGGACAGGGAAUAAUAUACUUUGGAAUUGGAGAUUCAUGCGAUGACAAAACUGAUUUUAUUCAUGGAGAGAUUAUUGGCCUUGAGGUAGAACGUUUGAAAGAUGAAAUCAGCAAAGCAUUUCAAAGUAUUUUGGAUGAUCAUAUCAAAAGUGAUAAUGGCAAAAUGACACGCGGUGGUGAUAUGAAUUGUGUCAAUUUACAUUUUGUUCCAGUUACUUCGGAGAUGAAUCAAAACACUGGCAGUUACGUAGUUGAAAUAGAAGUAAAGCGCGAGUGGAAAUUUUGCAAAGACCAAGUAUAUUAUGUUGAAGAAUGGAGAAAAAAGGCAGAUGAUAAAAGUGAGUUGCAGUUUUCAAUUGAUGCAUCCCGCAUUUGCUCCAUGAGUUGUUGACUCAAUUGUUUCUAUACCAAUUGUCAACUCAUGCAUGAGGAAAAUAUUUAGUUUCAAACGCAGUCGUUAAGAAAUGAACAGGUUGAUGCGAAUGGAAUUAUCACUCAUAAUUGUUACAUACUUUUUAUUUAACCAGAAUCCGAUGCAAAAUAUGGGCUACAUAAUUUGUUUAAUGUGAAAAAAGAAAAGGAUGAAGCGUAUAUUAGAACAUGUGGAGCUACGCAGUCAGUGAAAAGCAGCGACAUAACGAAAGAUAUCAAAGAGCCACUUUCUCUGAAGAACAAGGAAUGGCUAGGUAAUAUAUUAUUAAGUACUGUAGAUUGCAUGCACUGUCCCUUGACAAGCGGUUAAAUCUUGGAACGUUUUGGACGUGCAUAUAUAAACCUUUGCCAUUAAAAUGAAUCAGAUGAUAUGUCAUUUAUAUAAUGCAGGUGUUGAAAAAAUUCCUUGUCUCACCAUAUACUGCCCGUUACAACUAUCAAUUCCAUUCAUCCAUGCAGGACUUCUAAGUUUGAACACUUCAUAGUAAGAAUUAUGGAAGCCUAAACUUUAUUUUAUUAGUAAUGGAUAGCCGUAAAUUGUCUCCCCUUAGAUUCACUACUGUAAGUCCAUCCUAUGUUGCUUAAGCAUUACCCUAUUGGAUGUAGGAAACCAUGCAGAGAACACCAGAGGAUCCUGCGAUAUUAAUUAAUUAAUAAAGUCAAACUGGAAGCACUCUUUUUCUAGUUGUUGUUUGCAACGUUAUAGUAUAUAUAAGUAUAUUAAUAUUAAGUUCUUUGUAUGUUUGCAUGGCGAUAAAAUAUAAUAGUUUUGUUUGUGGAAACACCACGUAAAUUUAUUACUGCAAUGUAAAUUUAUUACUGCAAUGCAAUCUAAUAAAGUAAACAAAUAAAUAAUAAUUAAUAAUAAUGAUUGUAAACAAAUAAAUAAUAAUUAAUAAUGAUUAUUAAUUAUUAAUAAUAUUAAUAUUAUUUUCUUUGUCUUUUAUCUUUGCUUAAUUUCUUUCACAGAUGAGAACGACAAAAAACAGCUCCGACGAAUGCUCAGUCAAGGUAAAAUUACUUUACACUUUUGUAUUCAAUAAGUUAGUUAACUCUGCAUCAUGCAUGCAUGUUAAAUAGUUUCAAACUGUCACUAUGUAGACUCCUAAAACCUAAUCACAUGUUGUGGUUGUUUAAACUUGUUUUGUUCGGAACCCAAAUUCUAAUGUGUUGCAUGUACCCAAUUCUUCAAAAUAGAAAGUUGUUCAAAAAUGUUACAGUUUUAAAGGCAACGAAUAUAAUUGCUAAUUUAUCUUUAUCGACGUCUCAGUCAGGGAUCUUCCACAAUUAUUGACGUUUUCACAGCUGUAGAAAGAGCGCGGCUGGAUCAUGGUUGCGCAGGGCCCGCGGCGUAUUGUGAGUGCGGGGUCCAAUUGUCCCAACUCCCCUUCAUCUACCAACACACCAAACUUAAAAUUAUCGAAGAAGCAAAAUUGACCACGAAACGAUUAAGUGCUUGCUUCUUAGUUUUACUAAAUGACUAGUAUCCUUCAUAAAAUUCAGCACUAUUUAAUUUCACACUAUCUUGAUUCGUGCAAGAAACAUGAUUCCGUAAUAAAAGCAAAAUAUUUCGAACAGUUUUGUUUAAGAUAGAAUUACGUUUUGGGAUAUGUUUCGCAAUCAGUGACGUACGUAGCAAGGUUUUCAUUUCAACGAGGGAUAUCAGGGAUUCUGCUUUUAUUUUAAGACUUUUAAAAGCAGUAUUCAUGUACCAUUAAAUACCACAAAAACGGUUGUAAGAGGGUUAACGCUACCCUCGGAAAUUUUCAUAAUCUAUAUUUUCCAAAGUGGGCUGAGCCCCCUGACCCCACAUGUGGCUACGUCUCUACUAAUUGUGAUUGUUCAAGUCGCAUAUUUUUAACAAAGACUGCACUUUACGGAGGCAAGUAAAUGUAGAUCACGCCUCGAAGUUGCAAACUUUUGAGGCUCCGGGGUUGCUUUUUAGGAAAGGGAAUUGGACCAUGAAAUUUUGUGCGCUCCACGAUUAUGGUUGCAGCUAAUUUUGGCAACGUAAUUUCUGGACACAAAUCUUUAACGGGAGUGCAGAACAAAAUUGCGGUACCAACUAAAAUUAUUUUAAAUAUUCCUUGAAUCACUGUGUAUUAUAUUGCUUUUCCUUUCAUAAUGAAAUGAUAGCCUUGACUAGGCUGCUCCCGCUCAAAAUAUAGCUAUUAAUGUCAAUUAGGAAAUUAAGGUAUGUCUGCAACAAAAGUACACUCAAGAGGAAUGAUAACAAUGGGUCUGUCAGCAAUAUUUUAAAGGCGUACAUUGCAGGUCAUUUAUCCCUCCCCUGCGUACGCUUGAUGAGCUUGGAGAAUGUUGAUAACUAUGGAAGACCCAUACGUGUUAUUUGUCUUCGACUGGCAACUCUUGCCUUGACCUUGAUAAUUCCGUAUAUCACAAGAAACUCAAUCAAUAUAUUUGUUAAAUUGUAGAUACAUUUGACGGUCGCCAGUUUAGCAGUGAUGUCCAUGAAAGUCUACGAGAACUUAAUUCGAAAGAGAAUGAUUAUAUUCUUGUAGCGAAUAAGACUCCUCCCGAGUACCGCGGAACAAAUUCAUUUGCCUUCCUACAAGCCAUUCAGUGGAUGGCUGUUUUUGAUUUGUUUGACCCGAAAACCAAAGAAGAUGGUCUCUACUACAUUUUAAAUAUGACAAGUGAUUCUCCACCAGUUACAAAAAUGGAGCUAGGAGAUUUCAAGCAAAUUGAAGAAAAUUCAACACGCGGUACGACGUGGAUAUUGAGAAGCCAGACAAUGCAUGAAAGUCUAUGGAUUCACAACUCGAAAGAUUGUCUUUAUCGAGCUAUGUCCUUGUAUCACGAACGUGCACCAAAUGGCCGUAUUCACUGUGUCUUUCUCGUCUUGAGUGAAGAAAAUUUGCGGGAGAUGGCGGACAUUAUCGAUUCAUGCGUGAGUAUCAUUGGUAACAACGCCAAUAAAUGCAUUACCAUUCUUUCCGAAAAGAAAGACGUUGGCGGUGCGAUGACAAAGCUGUUGCAACCAGAAGUUCGUAAGGAUUUAAAAAAUCCAUGCUCUAUUUUUGGCUUCCCUCUCGAAUUCCUUAGGAAAAGCGUUGAAGAAAUGCUUGGCGAGGUUGCUUAUGAAGAUGCGACUGCAACCACCGAACUUCCGUUUUGGAAUGGGAAAUUUAAAUCCAUUUUAAACAAGAGAAUCAAUUCUUUGACCGAUCUUGAAAUCUACUCCCCAAAGCCAAAAUUAUCAAGUUCUUAUAGAGAGGUAAAGUUGACAAGGGAUAACUUCUACAAGGGUGAAGUAAUUAAACAAUUGAAUCUAGAUAACAAUGAUGACAUCGAACGAACGCUUGCAACUGAACUAACACGGCGCAUCGACCGUUCUCUGAAGCUUUUAUCUGUUGAAUCACCGGACGACACAGCGUAUGUGGAAAUUGUCUCACUGAGCUAUGAAUCUGGAUCUGGUGCAACGACCCUUGGACGGCGAAUGUUAUGGAGUAAAAGAGUUUUCUACAGAUGUGCUGUAGUUAAAGCCAUUACUGAAAACACAGAUCACCAAAUUCAAGAGUUGCAAAGGUUUGGAUAUGAAACAGGCCAAGGGAUAAUUCCGCCAGUCUUAAUAUUGGUGGAUAACUUCGCUGAACACCAGGUCCACAACCUUCGCGAAAAGUUGUCUCGAAGGAACACAAAAUGUGUUUUGCUGAAUACAUUACCAAUGGCAAUUAAGUUGGAGAAAAAAAGUCAUGAUGAUUGUUUAAAGUUGGGAAAACUCGACAAAGUAGAAAUUCAAAGAGUGAAAAAAAUAUUGGCCAACGUGGAAGACAAAAACGAACAGCAAAAGGAUGCGGCAGUCGAGAAAAUCAAGCGCGAGAGAAGGUUCAUCUGGCUUGGACUAGAGCUUUUCGGACGCCAGUACAACAAUGUACGAAAACGCUUAUCAGAUCAUAUUCGUGAUAUAAUUUCUCAUAAUGUCACGAAUAGACUCAAAGGUGCAUAUGAGAUGAUUCUUCGUUUCUGUUGCCUGCUAGACUAUUUCAGCAAAGGAAGAUCGAUAUACCCACACCCCUGUAUCGCAGAUAUUCUCUACACUAAUGACGAUCUGAAAAAUGAUGAUAUGAAUCAAAUAGAGAAAAUUCAUGACAAAUUUGGAGGACUACUACUGGAAGACUACAGCGAGGCUGAGGGGUACCACGGGUGGAGACCGGCGCACUUUCUGGUUGGGGAAGUUGUGCAAGAAGAAAUGGAUUUUGUGCAGAUUGCAAAAGUGCUAGUUGCAAAUAUGAACUCGGGAACUGCCUUCGCGAAAACCUUUUUAAUCAACAAUACUGUAAAUGUAUUCCUCAAGCGCGAGAAGAUAUCUGAAAGCUCGUCACAAAAUAUCAAUGACACCGACUUCAUUCUAGAUGACAUCAGUGGGGAAGACAAAUUUAAUUCAUUGGAAGUACAAACGAGGUAUUCUGCCUUAGUAAUGGCUGCUAUGCCAAAUGAGAAUUUCCCAUCGAACGUUUUGAACGCUCUUGACCUCCUCGUUACCCUAAUCGAAAACGUGCAUACCACCCAACACAAAGCACGCACAUGGCAACAAAUAGCACGGGUGUUUGCUUAUGAAAUUGGAAUGAAGGAGAUUUCAGAAAAAAUCGAACCUCUAGUGACUAGAGUUAAUGAGGAACUUCAACUGUCUGACCAAAGUCUAAAUUGUUCGCCUGCGACAAAUGGGUUUGCUAUUGCCCAUCAGGUAAUAGACCAUGCCAUUGACAUGCAAAAAUCUUUUGUAAACCAUCUUGUAACCAAAGCAACCUUCUUUAAAGUCAAGCUUCGCGAUCUUUAUGAACAGGCAAAGGAUAUUAGCUCUAAAAAUGAAGUAUCAAAGGAAAUUAUGAUAGAAGCUAUUAGCACAACCAAGAAAGGCAUUCAAGCGUAUGAUAAUGCCCUAGCAUCUCCUGAUGGUUAUUUACACGCUAUGGUUGGAAAAAUUCAAACAAUUGUUGUACUUCUACAAAUUUUCAAGACACAUUCUUGUUUCACUCAGAAUAACGUGGGUCCAGAUGAAAGCUUCAAGAAUUAUAUCACAAUUGGAAACCAUCCAGCAGCGCUCAAAGAAACAUUGACGGAAGAUGAUCUUGACUAUUUUCUUAGUCUCGCAAACAAGGUUGUUCAGCAUCUAAACGAGUUUUUUGGAGAAUUAAAGCUUCGGAAAAGGCAAUAUGGAAAACACGAAGAACAGGAGCUAAUAAAUGCAAAGAUUAGGGCAAUGGCACUUCGAAAAAAGUUCUACCAAGUCACUCGACGCGACCAAAGAAACGAAAGAAUCUUUAAUGACACAGGCUGUAAAGAAGAUAUUGUUCACGACUUAUUAUACAAGCACGAAGAAACGCCUUAUAGCACGUGGAAAAAACUUCCAGCUGAUGUUAUUUCGCGUAUUUAUACAACUCUAAAACAUGCAAUUCCAAAGGGACCAGUAACUCGCGAUUCCAUGGUUAUAUGUGCCAGAGCUGCUUUAGAAGCAAACAUUGCGGUCGAUGAACUUGUUCAACAUAUACAACUUUGGGGAAGGCUUUUUCCCACGUCCGUAUGGUGUCAAAUGUUCAACUACAUGAUUCAUUUCCCAGUUCCAAGUGGAACACUAAAGUCUAAUGUUCCAAUGGUUAAGCAAUCGGCUGACUUUUGCAAGACUAGCGGCCCUCGUAUACGAGAACGUUACAGAAAGUCAGGCGCAGAAUAUUUACUUGGUAGAGGCAUUGGAUUGAAUGUCUUACUUUCUUCACACAAAGUUUCUCCAGACAGCGUGGAACACAAGAUAGAUUUCUGGCGUAGCUUAGAAUUGUACGAAAAGCUUGAACGACUUCGUGGAGAAAAGAUUUUGGGGAAGAAGGGUGUUUUGUCCUAUAAAGGAAUUGAAAUCAUGUUUGACAACGACAGAUACCCAAAGGAAAGCAGGGAUGAACUGUGGUUUUGUCUUGGUUUCACACUUAAUGGUCCUUAUGCCUACGAUCCUAUAGACGAUGACACGUACAAGAAGAUGGAAGGAGAUUUUCAAAAGAAAAAGGAGAAUGAUGCAUCCCAGGCUUCUGGAAGCUCUCAGGAAUCAGGUGCAGAAGAAAGAACUCCGAAAACAGCUUGGCAAGGCAACAGCCAAAGAAUUUCAAUUGUUGCCCAUUCUGUGUUUGAUAGAACAAUGCCCCAACAAACUGAACCAAGUAAUCAGAGGAGCGAGAAACUAAACAUGGAAGCUAUCAAACAAAAUUCAGAAAAAAGCAAAAUAGCUCCACAGAGGUUCCAAUACAUUACAGAAGGCGAGUUUAAGAAUAACCCGAAACUGAUGCUUAGAAAGCGCACGAAGGAAGGAGACCAAAAGACAUUCACACCACAGUGGAAAGAUCAAGAUGGUAAAAUCCACCACGGAGCAGUCGUGAAAGGUGCGCCAAAAUCACGUGAAUGCCAGCGCCACCAGACAAAACCGCUCGGAACAAAGAACUGCCCGUUUGCACAUUCAUGGAAAGAGGACUAUAUCCAACAAACUAUUUGUGAUUUUUGCACCAAAUCCAAACCGCCACGAUUUGUCUGCUUGUGGAAAGAUGAACAUAGUCGCUAUAUCUCCGAACUUGGAUAUUACUUAGACGAGUCUGGAGAGAUAUGGAGAAAUAUUGAAGGCACAGCAAUCGCAUAGACAUGGUGACUGAAACGUGAUUUGCGCAGAAUAUAAAUAAUAUUCGCAAGUGCUUCACUUGUAUCUAUCUGACAAUGUCUUGAACUGAAUAAUUUAUAAUGAACUCACUAUAAAUAAUGUGAACUAUAUUCAUUGAUUAAUUUCUUCACGUAGGUGGCGUGAUGCGAGUCACACUUCACACCUUUUUUGUUAAGUGUGACUAUUUUUUCUUCUGUUGUUGUUAUAUCGGAAUAAAUAUGGGUUGAUUUACGCUCGAUUUAGUCCUCAUUCUUAACAGGUUUUGGGCGCAGGACGUGUAGGUCCGCUUGAGAAAAUCAAACGCACGAUUAUGUCAUAAUUGUCUAACGAAAAUAACAUGCCUCGCCUUCGGAAAAUGUGUUAAAGUUUGCGAAAAUGAACGGUUUGAAUUAUCGAACGUGGGAGUUCAACAUGUAGUUGUAUUUGGAGAGCUUAAAUAUCUUUGAACACGCAGAUUGGAACAGCUGAAUCUCCCACAAGUAGUGCUAACGGUGAAUCGCAACGAAGCUUCAACUCUUAUAUUUGUUUAGCCAUAGAACCAGUGCAACAGAUACAUGUAAAAGAAACGAAAACCACGAAGGAGGCUUGAGAUGCUUUGCAGAAUCAGGUUGCCCGUGAAUUAAUUUUACAUGAUGUUGCGUUGGAACACAUUAGUUGGCUUAGGUCAUUGCGUUAUCAAUUGAAAGAAAUGGGAGUGAAUAUAGAUGACAAAGAGUUGGCGAUGACGCUUUUAGCUAGUUUUCCCGAAGAUUAUAAGCCACUAAUAAUUGUUUUCGACACCAUUGGCGAAGGAAACCUGCUCUACGAGAAACUUAAAAUAUGCUGUUAAAUUAUUUAGAUCGCAGUAAAAACGCAAAUAAUUACCGUGAGGAUGCAUUUUCAAAAUACGAGACGAAGUCAACACAAUGAUAUUGUAUUUCGAGGAAAGUGUGACACCUGUCAUGAAACCCAAAUCCCAAAGAUGAUUCACAUGAUCCCACUGGUAAAGGAACAAAGUUCAAGGGUUCUACUCGUUGUGUUGAAAAACAAAGUCCUGAUAUGUUUGUCAAUGAUGAAACAUUAAUUACCAAUUUAUACAACUUAUGUAAUUGGUAAUCUGAUUGGAUAAUAGACUCUGGAGCCAUCCAACAACCUUUUUUUAUCAAAGUAUAUGGAAUUUAGACAAGCCCAGUUAAUCUUAAGAAUUAACAAUCGAUCAAUUUUAGCAUGUGAUAAAAGUACUUGUCAUAUUAUUGUAGAACUUAAUGGCAAUGUUAAACACAUAGCUCUUCAUGAUGUCUUAACAUACUUGAACUGGAGAAGAACUUGCUUUCGGUACGACAAUAGUAAAAUUAGGAGCUAGUGUUAUGUUUGAAGACGGCAUAUGGAAGAUAUAUUGUUACCUGUAGGUAAGGUGAGAGGGAAGCUUUACCUCUUGAAAAUUAUUCAUAAUGAGCAUGUGAAUAUUGCAAGAGAGGUAUCGAAUUUACAACUAUAACACUGUUGUUUUGGUCACCUAUAGGUAUAAUUUGGUCACCUAGGUAUCAUUUUACUUCGAAUCUCACUAAAAGCGAAUGAAAACAUUAGCCUACAUAUAGCAAUGGUGGAGAAUACUGCUCUAAAUUGUUUGAUGCAUACCCGAAACUUCGAAAGAGAAAGGAAUUACUCACCUGUUAACAGCCGCCUACAAUCCUGCUCAAAAUUGCAUUGCCACCAGAAUGAAUAGUAUAAUAGUUGAAUCAACCCUAUCAAUGUUAUUCCAUUCGAACACACAAACUGAAUUGUGGGGCCAAUGUGGGCUGCUUUGGAUGGAAUCUCUCUAUGAAUGCCUAUUUCAAUGAAAACCAAAUUUAGGAAACCUUAGAGUCUUCGGUUUGUUGCAUUCAUUUAUGUUCCAGUUAAUUAAUUGGCGAAAGAAACUUGAAGUAAAGUCUCGAAAAAGCAAUAUUCGUUGGAUAUCCUGAAGCCAGAAAGAGAUAUAUAAACUGCAUUCUCGCAGUUUUAUCCGUAGCCGUGAUUUUGCAGUCACUUUUUUGUGAUUUCCUAGCAGUGAACAUUCCACCAAAUCAUAUUUUGAAGCAAAUUUAUAUAUAAUAGGAUAGAAAAAGCAAUAUUCGUUGGAUAUCCUGAAGCCACAAGGAGAUAUAUAAACUGCAUUCUCGCAGUUUUAUCCGUAGCCGUGAUUUUGUAGUCACUUUUUCGUGAUUUCUUAUCAGUGAACAUUCCACCAAAUCAUAUUUUGAAGCAAAUUUAUAUACAACAGGAUAGAAAUUAUAAUAAUAUAAUUAUAAUCGUAAUUAACAACCAGUAUAAUAUAAUUAAC